UUACAUCCAAAGGAAGAAGAAGACGACGGCGAAGAAGAAGAAGGGUUUGUUGUGAUUAACUUCUAUCUGGUGGUAGAAGUGUUUCUACCAUGGGAAGACACUGCUGCGUCACGAGCUGUCGCAGUUAUACGGCGAGUGGCCGCACAGUGAACGGACUCAGCUUUUUCAAGUUCCCUGCGUGGAAGAAGACGGAGGGAGGGAAGGUGGCCGAGAUCACCAAGAGGCGGCGGAUGGCUUGGGUGGCCGCCGUGAGGAGAGCCAACAUCACGUUCAACUACGCCCCCGCGUCUAUGAAGGUCUGCUCCAGGCAUUUCCAUACUGGAAAACCAGCUUAUGAGAUGUUCGAGUCCCAUCCAGACUGGGCACCGUCGUUAAACUUGGGGCACGAUGAAGCAAACGCUGCGGAGACAGGGCAGUCCGUCCGGCACACGAAACGACACGAGCUCCAGAAAGAAGCAGAGUUGAGACCUAUAGCGGCGGACGACCCUGAACCAACCGAGGACCACGCAGAACCAGCCGAGAACCGCACAGACCCAGUCGGGAACUACGCAGAACCAGCCUCGAUCGUAGUGGAACUAACUGAAGAAGCAGCUGGCGAGGCUGGAGGUGGACCUGCGCCAAAGGAGAUGAUUGAGUGUGACUUUUGUGGGUACAGGCGUGCUGAAAUAAACCGCCUGUUGAAAGAGAACCGGGAACUUAAGUGUGCACUUGCAAAGCGGAAUAUGGAUGAAGAAUCCCUGAAAGAGGAUAAUAUGAAAGUGAAGUACUACACUGGACUUCCAUGCUUUGGCCUUUUGAUGAGUAUGCUUUCGACUGUUAUGCCGUGCCUCCCCACGUCGGUCCGAACUUUGACACCUUUUCAGAUGGUUUUUUUAACUCUCAUGCGCCUGAGGCUAAACCUGCCACUCCAACACCUUGCGUACAUCUUUCACGUAGACAAAAGAGUGGUUGUAACCAUAUUUAACACAACAAUAAAUGCUUUACAUGCACAGCUUAGCCCUUUAGUGAGUUGGCCAAAUAGAGAGCAUCUGCGUCAAACUAUGCCUCCCCAGUUUAUGAAGGCCUUUGGGGACCGUGUCGUGGUUAUUUUGGACUGUUUUGAAAUAUUCACUGAAGGAGCCUCCAAUCAGAGAGCGCCGUCUUUUUACAACAAACACACCAACACCGUGAAGUACCUUAUUGGUAAAACACCACAAGGAGCGAUAUCAUUCAUUUCCAAGGGGUGGGGGGGGCAUGUCAGUGACAAAUAUGUGACUGAAAACAGUGGCCUUCUCGAUUCAUUGUUGCCUGGGGAUUUGGUGUUGGCGGAUCGAGGCUUUGACAGUGUUGGACUGAUUUGUGCCGAGGUGAAGACGCCAGAGGACCCAAACGGGCCACUUCAGUUCGAUACUAAAGACGUGAAGGAAAUACAGCCAAUAGCUCACCUCAGGACCCAUGUUGAGAAGAUGAUUGGCACCAUACGCAACAUGUACACGAUGCUAUGCGGGCCUAUACCCAUGAAAAUGGCCCAAGUGUGCCAGGGGGAGGAGCUUACCUUUCUGGACAAGAUGGUGACUGUCUGCUGUGUCUUGACCAUCAUGUAUCCCAGUGGGCUUGUAGACCCAACUAGUUAUUGUGCUGAGCCGGUGUAGAUUUUUGAAGUGUUUUUUAAGAAUAGCAUUCUUUUUAUUAAAAGUGUAUUCAAUAAAAUUUGCAAUGUCAUUUAUUGAGACACAGUUUGGAUAUAGUAUUUAUAUAAGAUCUUGAAAUAUGCUAUUAAAUGGUACGCUUGUUUUAAUGGCCGGGUAUGCACUGUAAAAACACAAUGUAUGAAUUUAAUUCAUUUAGAUUUGCCUUUUUUUAGGAUGAUUGGUCAAACUCUUAGUAUAUCAAUGUAAUGUAAGGUGACAGUUUGCAUCUUACACUUACAUUACUCCUUCAGUAAUACCUCUUAUGAAAUAAACAUUUUAAAAUACAGAACCAAACUAUGCAAAAUAGAACAAUGGAGACAAGAUAUAUUUAAUACUGAUUUAAGAGUGCAAUGAACAAGACCAGCUGGUAAUGUUUCAGGUUUUUGUUUCGUUAUCAAAAUGGCCGGUGGCACUUUGGAGGCUGCUCUUGUGUGUGAAGGUAGGCGAACAGCUCAGGUGGGACUACAUAACUACGAAUAAACUUCUUGGCCGUCUCCACAUGGGCCAACCAGAAUUCCAUGUCAGGCAUCUCACUUUCCACAGCAGUCUCGGUAUCCACCUCGCAAAGUCGGCAACCUCAACCACAAAGAUUUGUGUCUGUACCUUGGUGCAGCACAUUACCUUUUUUCAGUUGUAGCUCGGUGUUAAGAAGUUAGAGACUUGAUUCUUUCAUCUCCUGCAAACACCUAUUGGAUACUGCUGUCUCUGACACUUUAUCUCCUGGCAACCUAUCCCUCAGUUUUUUCAUCUUGGCCGUCUAUCUGGUAAAGCUGGGUUUUUUUAUGACGAUUUUGACAAGAUUGACAAUUGAUCCACAACUUUCUACUUCCUGGUCAAUGUUUGCUGACGCUGUCAUUAACUGGUGUUUUCCCAUUCCCUCGCCAUCAUGCUUCAUCUCCCAUCAAAUCAAAUUAUCACAGUAUAAUAACUUCUCCUU